AUGCCUAUUGUACUUGCCCAACCAACAACUGCAGGUUGGAUCCAAAUUGCAGAAACUUUUGAGUGCAGGUGGAAAUUUCCUCAUUGCAUUGGUGCUAUGGAUGGUAAACACAUUAGAAUAAAAGCUCCACCAAACAGCGGUUCCAAGUAUUUCAACUACAAGUUGUUUCACAGCAUUAUUUUAUUGGCAAUAUGUGAUGCUAAAUACUGUUUUACGCUAGUAGAUAUUGGUGCUAAUGGUCGACAAAGUGAUGGUGGAGUUUUUUCACGAUCAAUCAUGGGACGUCGUUUUGAAAAUGGCUCUAUGGGAGUUCCACCACCAGCAGCUGUCACAGGAACACAAACAAUAUUGCCAUAUGUUCUUGUCGCUGACCAAGCUUUUUCAUUGGCUCCAUAUUUACUUCGUCCUUAUCCUGAUCGUUCUGGCUUAAAUUAUACCAAGCGAAUCUUCAAUUAUCGUUUGUCAUCAGUCAGAAGAAUUAUUGAAAAUACAUUUGGAAUCCUGCAAGCACGUUGGCAAGUUUUUUGGGGACCGAUUGGUGGAAACAUUGAUACGACAAAAGCAAUUGUUGCUGCUUGCGUAUGUCUUCACAAUUUCUUGAUGAAAGGAGAUAAAACAUCUCGUAGAAAUUUCUAUUUCGAUUCAACGUUGGUCGACACUGAAACAAACGAUGGAGAAAUCGUUCCUGGAGCUUGGAGGAAUCAAAUUCCUAUGCAAAGUGAUGAUCACAAUGACGAAAAUUCACUAGCUAUCCAAGAAUUCCCAAUGCAAAGUGAAGAAAUUCGUCAACGGUUUGCUGAAUUUUUAGAAGAUGAAGGAGCAGUACCAUGGCAGUUUUGGCGAAUGUAUUUAUAA